AUGCGUCUCUUUGAUAGAACCACGGUUCUGGGCCUUUUGUUUGUUAUAUGCAUUGACUUUUGUUCGGCAUUUUACUUUCACAUCAAAGAUACGGACGUCAAAUGUUUCCUGGAGGAAAUCCCCGAAGAUACCUUAGUCGCUGGAAAGUAUAAGGUUGCCUUGCUUCAGGACAAAGAAUUCGUUCCAAGCCAUGUUAUAGGGAUCCACGUUACAGUUUACGAUCCCGAGUCCAAUAUUAUGCUGUCUAGGGUGUACGCAUCCGAAGGACGAUUCACCUUCACAUCUCAAAUAGCUGGUGACCACAAAAUUUGUUUGUCAUCCAAUUCAAGUUCCUGGGUGGGGAAGCAAAUUCUGCGUGUAAGCCUGGAGUUGGCAGUCGGUGAUCAUGCUCUCAAUUACAAGGAAAUCGCCACCAAAGAAAAAUUGAAUGACAUUCAGCUCCGAGUUCGUCAACUUCUGGACCAAGUUACCAUGCUGUCUAAGGAUCAAGAUUUUCAGAGAGUUCGUGAGGAGUAUUUCAGACGUCUCAGUGAAAGCAUCUACAAUCGCGUAACCUGGUGGAGCAUAGCUCAAAUCCUCCUUCUGAUAUUUACUGGCAUUUUCCAAAUGCGCAAUCUUCGUUCCUUCUUCCUAGCCAAGAAGCUCGUCUAA